GACCGUGUGCGUCCUUUCUGGAAGCAUCUGUGUGUCAGGGAAAGUCAUUUUCCCCAGAGGAGACUUGCGUCUGAGAAGGUGGUGAGUGGGACCUGGGACGACCCUUGGCAGUGGCCAGAGCAGUCGUGCAGGUGCAGGAGAACUCGCCAGCCCAGCAGGCAGGCCUGGAACCCUACUUCGACUUCAUCAUCACCAUCGGGCACUCGAGGCUGGCCCUGACCGGUCCGAGGUUCUGACCCAGGGAUGGGAGGCCUCAGACUGAGCCGGCCCCUCCUGGCCCGUGCAGAACAAGGAGAAUGACACACUGAAGGCCCUGCUGAAGGCCAACGUGGAGAAGCCGGUGAAGCUGGAAGUGUUCAACAUGAAGACCAUGAAGGUGCGAGAGGUGGAGGUGGUGCCCAGCAACAUGUGGGGUGGCCAGGGACUGCUGGGAGCCAGCGUGCGCUUCUGCAGCUUCCGUAGGGCCAGUGAGCACGUGUGGCAUGUACUGGACGUGGAGCCCUCUUCGCCCGCUGCCUUGGCUGGCCUGUGUCCCUACACAGACUAUGUAGUUGGCUCUGACCAGAUUCUCCAGGAGUCCGAAGACUUCUUUACACUCAUUGAGUCCCAUGAGGGGAAGCCCCUGAAGCUGAUGGUGUAUAAUUCUGAGUCCGACUCCUGCCGGGAGGUGACUGUGACUCCCAAUGCAGCCUGGGGUGGAGAGGGCAGUCUGGGGUGUGGUAUUGGUUAUGGGUAUCUACAUCGGAUCCCAACGCAGCCUGCCAGCCACUACAAGAAGCCAGUUGGGGCCUCACCAGCUGGCACUCCUCCAGCUAAUACUCCACAACUUAAUGCCUUGCCUCUGGGGGCCCCGCCACCUUGGCCCAUCCUUCAGGACUCUUCUGGCCCAGAGUUGGGUGACAGGCGCAGUGUCAUGGAGGCCCUGCCACAGGUCUCUGGUGGCUUCAUGGAAGGACAGCUCCUUGGGCCUGGGUAUCCUAGCCAUGGAGCUGCCGACUGUGAGGGAUGCCCACGUUCCAUGGAGAUCCCUCUUCAGCCUCCACCUCCAGUGCAGCGGGUCAUGGAUCCAGGCUUCCUGGAUGUGUCAGGCAUCUCUCUCCUGGACAGCAGCAACACCAGUGUGUGCCCUAGCCUGCCACCUUCCACAGUGCUUACCUCCACAGCAGCCUCCGCCUCAGGACCAGAGGACAUGGGUUCCAGCAGCAGUUCUCAUGAGCGAGGUGAAGCCACGUGGUCAGGGUCCGAGUUUGAGGUCUCCUUCCCGGACAGUCCGGGUGCCCAGGCGGACCAGCUGCCCCAGCUGACUCUCCCCGAUGGCCUCACCUCUGCAUCCUCCCCAGAAGACGGGCUGUCUGCAGAGCUGCUGGAGGCACAGGCUGAGGAGACAGCAGACACAGAGACUGAGGGGCCAGGCAGCCAGACUCAGGUCACCCCGGAGCCACAGCCCGGGCUGUGAGGAGGCUCCUGGUGACCUUUGGUGUCGCUUACCUUAUGUCUGUGUAGCUCUUUAGGCUGCGGCUCCUAGUGAGGGUUAGGGUCAUGGGCUUUGCUAGUCUCCUCCUAGGGGCCAGCCUUCACCCCAGUUCUGGACUGGGGCAGGGAAGCUGGGGGCAACAGCCCAGCUUCUGAGUUGAGGCAGAGGAUGGACUCUAGGCUGCCUCACUGAGGCACUGAAGCCUCCUGGGUAGGGAGAGGCAGCAGGGCCUGAUCACCCUGAUCAUGAUGGAGUGUGAAGAUCAGGUGAGGGAUAAGAGAGGCUGUCUCUGUCUGCCAGCAGCCCCACCUGUACUGAGGAGGACCCCAAGUCCCAAUGCCUCCCCCAUUCUAAUCCUUAUGCUGGAGGAGAGGGGUAGUGUACUUGGUCACUUUGUUCUCAAGUUGGAAAAUUCUAGGCCCUUCACAGGGAUUCACCUGUGCUAGUCACACACACACACCCCCGCCCCGGGUGUGGAGGGGGCACACACUCCAGUUGUAGUGCCCGUGACCCCUUCUCCCAGGCCCCACAGACAGACAACAGGCUCUGAGUACACAAGGUAUUCAGCCAGGUCUGAUGGUGAACAGGCGCAGACUGACUUAUGCUCACCAUCAGAAUCCCUCUAUCUAGACCUCUUCGCUCUAGCUCCACCCUAGGAGAGACUGGAUGGCAGUGGCCUAUCUGUCCUCAGCGUGAGGGAAACUGUACCUACAACUCCAGGUGCCUGUAGAGGCCAAGGCUAGGAGAGGCCGUCUGCUCUGCUGUCUUUCUGCAGACGGCACCAGGCAUGUCCGCUGCAGCUCCAGUCCCCUGUGUCCUCGCCAAUCACUCUAAGUUGCCUCUGGUCUUGUGCUCCAGUCUCGUAUGUCCGCAGGCCGCAUGUAACUGUAUGUACAGGGCACUCAGGCUGUUAAGCCAAGGACUCUGUUCUAGGAAGCACAGGCCAUACAACACAGUGGGCCAGGUCCCAGCUUCAAGCACCAGGAAUACAUUUCUACCCAGGCCCAUGAGGCAUCACCCCAGGGCCUCUGGUGCGUGCCAGGAACGUGCGCACAGUGUCACCCCCACAGGGCCGCUCUGGAGCCAGCUCCCCUUAGCUCUGUAGCUAGGCACUCUGACCCCUGGUUGCCCUAAUUGGAAGGUUCUGCUCCCUGAGACCUCGUAAGUGGGGUAAGAUGGAUGUUGAUGACGUUUCGAAUAUGAAGCCCAGACAUUUCUUUCCCUGUAAUCUGCUGUGAAGGCAAAUGACAAGUGAAAAAAUAAAUGUGUAAGACACACUGAAA